UCCCUACCGCACUUGGGCCACAACAAACCGAUCCAGCACACACGACAGAAUGUGGUUUACAACUAUCAUCACGAUCUUCCUGGUGACUGUGGCCGGGGCACUUGUAGUUCCCAAUUACCCCUCAAACUCCGACCAUCCGUUUGGAUAUGACGCUGCGUAUUCGACGGAGCCCGUGCGAGUUCGGAAAGAAUGGAGACAGUUGACCAUCCCGCAGAGAAAAGACUACAUCAGGGCGGUCAAGUGUUUGCAUAGCACGCCGGGCACAUACCAGGACCUCGUGCCGAGUAGCUUGACGAUGUAUGAGGAUUUCGCCGCUGAGCAUAAACUCCGGACGCCUUUCGUGCACGUUGAAUCACAAUUCCUCCCUUGGCAUCGCUACUUCGUUUGGGUCUAUGAGAACGCUUUGAGGAAGCAGUGCGGCUAUGAGGGAACCCAACCUUACUGGGACUACUCUCUCGAUUCUCAUCCAGGGGAGCUAAGAGACUCGCCGAUAUUCGACGUCGAGCACGGAUUCGGCGGUGCUGGCGAAUCAGUGGGUCCCUUCCCGGAGAUGCCACCAGGACUGCCGACCGGCUCUGGUGGCGGCUGCCAGAAAGACGGUCCAUUCAAAGAUUGGACCAUCCACAUCGCCGUCAGAAACUUCACCGAGCUGCGAGACGACCGGUGCUUGACGCGGUCCAUCAACGAGAAGGUGGGUAGGAACUGGUGCACACGGGAAGUCGAGGAGGUGGUGAAGCGCCAGCCAGAUUACAUCAGCAUGUACCAGAACUUGCAAGGCGCGCUGGGACCGUACGAUCAGUAUUUUGGACUCCAUCCUUGCGGACACUUCAUCGCUGGUGGUCCCAAGGCAGGCGCAGACAUAUACCUGGGCCCAGUCGACCCUCUGUUCUAUCUCCACCACGCGAACAUCGACCGAAUCUGGUGGGAAUGGCAAGCAAGGAAUAUUGAAGAGCGAACGGCGGAAAUAACAGGUCCGCUAAGGCCGCAACCCUUCCUCUUCCCGGAAGAAGACUACGCCGACUUCCCCGAUGCGAAUAUCACGCUGGAGUGGCCACUUGAGAUGGGCAGGCUCGCGGGACCGGUUAAGACGAGGGAGGUGAUGGAUAUUCGGCAAAACAUCUUCAAUUAUCAGUACACCAACCCACGUGCUCAGUACGAGGAUGGGAAGGAGGUUACGGAUGGGGAGUGUCCUGAAAACGGUACGGAAGAGUUCGAGAGGAAGGUGGCGAAGCUGCAAGAGCGGUGGGAGAGGUUUAAGGGUGGGCCAGCUUGGGGAAGAGCUCGGGGAGGAGCUCCUGCGCCGUAGAAGCAGGAGAGCCGCGGCUAUGUAUCAAGGAGGAUCUUCAUGGAGAAGGACGGGGAUAUUCGGUGUUUCCUUGCUGUUUGUCUUUCUGUGCGGAGGAGUAUUUUUGUUUGGGGGUUUUUGUUUCUGUCUGGUG